AUGUGCAUCAAGACAGUGCCAGAGUGUCCCAAGACAGUGCCAGAGUGCACCAAGACAGUGCCAGAGUGUCCCAAGACAGUGCCAGAGUGCACCAAGACAGUGCCAGAGUGCACCAAGACAGUGCCAGAGUGCACCAAGACAGUGCCAGAGUGCACCAAGACAGUGCCAGAGUGCACCAAGACAGUGCCAGAGUGCACCAAGACAGUGCCAGAGUGCACCAAGACAGUGCCAGAGUGCACCAAGACAGUGCCAGAGUGCACAAGACAGUGCCAGACUGCACCAAGACAGUGCCAGACUGCACCAAGACAGUGCCAGACUGCACCAAGACAGUGCCAGACUGCACCAAGACAGUGCCAGACUGCACCAAGACAGUGCCAGAGUGCACCAAGACAGUGCCAGAGUGCACAAGACAGUGCCAGACUGCACCAAGACAGUGCCAGACUGCACCAAGACAGUGCCAGAGUGCACCAAGACAGUGCCAGAGUGCAACAAGACAGUGCCAGCGCUCAACGCCCCUCCAUCGUCUCAGGGGGAGGAAAUUACCCGCGUUUUUUUUCGAAUAGAGGAAGAGUCGCCAUCAUGUUAAUGUCAUGCUGGAAGGUGAUCCUUGCGUGA